AUGGGCGCUGGAAUACUCUACAUCACAUCCAUUAAGCUGGAGGUUCAUUCUCAUGGGGAAAGACUGCAGAGGGCCCAUCAGAAUGACUCGGUCAGGGGUCAGGACAUGCUCAAGAGGCUGGAGAAGAUGGAGGCUCACAUUGAGAAGGUGGUGAAGUCAAUCAACAACAGAAUCAGUCUGAAAGAGGGGCAGGCUGUGAAGGCUACCGAGGUCAAGAAGGAGAGGAAGGUGGUGAAGAAGUUGUACCCCAACUCAGCUCUGUUUACAACCUGGGGUGAUGAGCUCUCAGAGGAGGAGCAGAAAGAGGCAGAAGGGUUGUUUCAGAUGUAUGGAUACAACGCCUUCCUGAGUGACAGACUACCCCUGAACAGGGAAAUUCCUGAUACUCGCGAUCCUAAGUGUGCUAAUCACCAGUACCCCCAUGACCUGCCCACCAUCAGCGUGGUGUUGAUCUACUUGGACGAGGCCCUGUCAAUCAUCAAGAGAGCUGUCCGCAGCAUCAUAGACAAGACCCCCCAACGCCUGCUUAAAGACAUCAUACUGGUGGAUGACCACAGCUCCAAUGAGGACCUAAAGGAGAAGUUGGAUGCCUACAUCAGCUUCAUCGAUGAAGAGCGUCCGGGCCUGUUGAAGAGAGUGAGACACCUGGAGCAGCUCGGUCUCACACAGGCCCGCCUCUCAGGAUGGAGGGAAGCUGAAGGAGACGUGGUGGCCAUCUUGGAUGCCCACAUUGAAGUACACGUGGAAUGGGCGGAGCCUCUGUUAGCUCGGAUAAAGGAGGACCGCACGUUGGUGUUGACACUGGUGUUUGAUAAAGUCCAUUUCGAUGACUUGACAGUCACACGUUAUUGGCCGAAUGCAAACGCCUUUGACUGGGCACUGUGGUGUAUGUACGAGUCCUUCAGACCUGAGUGGUAUGCCUUACAAGACGAGACACAGCCAGGAAAGAGCCCCUCCAUUAUGGGCAUUCUAGUGGUUGAUCGCCUGUUCUUUGGGGAAAUUGGUGCUCUGGAUGGUGGUAUGAAGAUCUAUGGAGGUGAAAAUGUUGAACUGGGCAUCCGGGUGUGGCUGUGUGGUGGAAGUGUCGAGGUCAUACCUUGUUCUAAAAUAGCCCACAUCGAGAGGGCCCGUAAACCCUAUCUCCCAGACCUGAGCAUUACAAUGAAGAGGAAUGCUCUGAGAGUGGCUGAGGUCUGGAUGGAUGAAUACAAACAUAAUGUCAACAUCGCCUGGAACCUCCCACUGAAGGAUCACGGCAUAGACAUUGGGGAUGUUUCAGAGAGGAAGAAGUUGAGAAAGAGACUGAACUGCAAACCCUUCCAGUGGUAUCUGGACAAUGUGUAUCCAAUGUUAGACCCCCUGGGUGACUUGCUUGGUUAUGGAGCUCUGGUCAAUGACCUGAAGAUGGAUCUCUGUAUAGAUCAAGGCCCAGUUCCGGGGAACACACCUAUUUUAUAUGGAUGCCAUUAUUUUGGUCCACAGAACUGUUAUUAUCGAGCCAGCGGGGAGAUCUACAUUGGAGGCAUCAAGUCUCACAAGUACAACAGUAAUCGCUGUCUGAUGGACAUUGGCACUCAAACCCCAGGACUGUAUGACUGCAAGGAGGCCAAGCAGAAGGGAUUCCACAUGCUCUGGGAAUUUCAACAGGGAAAAUCCAUCCAGAACAGACAGACAAAGAGAUGUCUGGAGAUUACCCCAGGGGAGGACACUGACUACCAGCUCAUCAUUCAGGAGUGCAGUGGGCAGCACUGGUUAAUACGGAAUGUGAUAAAAGACUUCUGA